GGGAUCGAAAUAGCAACCGAAUUGAAGGAGAGAGACGCCAAACCCUAAUCGAAGCCAGCGAUGAAGACCAUGAGGCUCCAACCCUCGUCACCGGACCCAAACCAACCCAAGAAGGCGAAGCCGGACAGCAUCGAUGAAGAACAUUUAGCCCGCUUUUUUUUUACUCCUGAAGAUCGAAAUCUCCCGCCAGACGAAUUUUGGAGUAAGCGUACGGACGGCUUCAUCGAAGCUAUGAUGGAAAAAAUUCCUAAAUCUUGUGCGGGGUUAGAAAAGAAGCUUCCAGAAACUUUACCAGAGGGAUGUACAUGGGGUUAUGACGUCCCUGGGAGUGGACUUAGAAGCUAUGUUGUUAAGAUGUUUUGCCUCUAUUGUGGUGCGGCUCACUUGGAGGAGGACUGCCCGAAGAAGGAUACUCAAGGGGCCAAGCCUAUAUUCAAUUUCCCCAUCUUCCGCCCCAAGACCAAGUAACUCAUUGUGUAUGAGUCGUGUUUAUCCGUCUACAUUACUUAUCUCCCUAUAUGAAUGUAUGAUGUUAGCACUUAGCAAUCCUAUGAUCUACCUAAGUCUUCUGGAUAUUGGGAACUUAGUUACAGUGUGCAUGUGGACUAGGCUAAAAACCUAUGGUUGUUUAACUCGUAAUAAGAGGAUUCUGGCUUCAUCUAAUGGGAUAUGUGUUGUGGCAUGCUUUGU